AUGGGAUCGACUUGUCUACAAAUCCCAAUAAAUCGAAAUGAUAUUACCCUUUGGGAUCAAGUGUCCAUUAGCAAAUAAGAAAAGUAUGCUUAGUUAAGAAUCCAAUAAAAAUUCAGUGAAUCAUCAUCAUGCCCUGAUGAGCAUGUGCAAAUGACUAGUCAUUCAAAUGAUUAAAAUGAGAAUAGUCAAGAUGAGAUCAGUCUUCCUAUGGUGGAUUAGAGUCCAGCAAAGACUUGCAAAAGCAUUUUAAAAAAUAAGAAUGAAUUUUAGAUCGUACGAUCUAACAGUCAGAAUAAAACUGUCUCAUUCAGUUUCAUACCUCCAGAAUAAUUAAGAUAAAUGAUGACCUCUACUGGAAGAUUGUCAGAAGAGCAGAGAAAAUUUCUGGCAUCAUUAUAUGAAUGA